UGGAUUACCGCUGGCUUUAACAGUUGCGUUACAACAUGGGGAAAGCUAGGCAGACUAGGAGGUUUGCUGCAAUGAAGCGAAUGAUAUCUUUAAAAGACUCACGAAUGUAUUGAAAAAAUUAUGUAAAAUAUACGAAUUCUAGAAAAAAGCGUGAUCAGUUCAAGAAGAUUACGCCUUUCAAGCAAGAGUCAUCCCAUCAUUUGUCAGUUAAACACAAUGUAGAAGUCCUCCCUUGUCUCAAAGAUUCAUACAACGAAGCUCUUGGACCUCCUUACCAUAUUCUUUUGGAUACAAACUACGUCAAUUUUUCCAUUAAAAAUCGAUUGGACCUCUUCAAGUCAAUCAUGGAUUGCUUAUUAGCAAAAUGUUUUCUAUAUGUUACCGACUGCGUGAUGGGAGAAAUAGAGAAGAUGUCAGAGAGAUACCGGGUAGCCUUAAAGUAAGCGAAUGACCUAUAUUUCAUGGUGGUGUAGAAUUCUCCGUGAUGAAAGGAUUCAAAGGUUGACUUGUCAGCAUAGAGGGACAUAUGCAGAUGAUUGUCUGGUAGAGCGCUGCAAAUCCCGCUGCUACAUAGUAGCCACUUGUGACCGAGAUCUGCGACGUCGCAUUAGAAAGAUAACAGGUGUCCCCAUAAUGUACAUUCGUGGUCAUCGUGUUGUCAUUGAAAAAAUGCCAAUGGCUCUUGGAGCACCGAAAUUAUGAGAUUGUUAUUACAAAGUAUAAAACUUGUAAAUAAAGCUUGA